UCUUUUCCACUGGUCAAAGCAGGAGGUGUGUGGUAACCGACUGUGAUAACAUCGUGUGAGACAGAACACAGCUGCAUACCUGGCUUUUUGUCACAGGAACAACCACACUUUUCCAGAAUAAAGGUGGGGUUGAAGUAUAAAAGAAGGAGACAAGCAUUCGUUCCUUGCAGAAACGUUCCGACACACUGCAGACAUGCUUAAGUUUCUGUUGUUGACAAGUCUCGCAGCCCUGGUGCUGGCUCAGCAGGGGCCCCAGCCCAGGUACCUGGAGGACAGCUUUGAAAGAGUUGUUGGAGGUGAGGUGGCCAGUCCCAACUCCUGGCCCUGGCAGAUUUCUCUUCAGUACAAAUCUGGCAGCAGCUACUACCACACAUGUGGAGGGACCUUGAUUGAGAGAGGCUGGGUUAUGACUGCUGCUCACUGUGUGGACAGCAGUAGGACGUGGCGUGUCAUUCUCGGUGAACAUGACCUCAACAGCAACAGUGGCAGAGAGCAGAUCAUGACAGUCAGCAACGUUUAUAUCCACCCCAAAUGGAACUCCAACAGAGUGUCUGCUGGGUUCGACAUUGCCCUGCUGCGUUUGUCCUCUCUGGCCACCCUGAACUCCUACGUCCAGCUGGGCUCUCUGCCUCCCUCUGGACAGAUUCUGCCCAACCACAACCUCUGCUACAUUACCGGAUGGGGACGUACUUCCACUGGUGGCAGCCUGUCUGCCCAGCUGAAGCAGGCCUACCUUCCUCUGGUCGACUACCAGACCUGUAGCAGCUCUGGCUGGUGGGGCAGCACUGUCAAGACCACCAUGGUGUGUGGUGGUGGUGGUGCCGAGGCUGGAUGCAAUGGUGACUCUGGCGGCCCUCUGAACUGCCUUGUUAAUGGAAAAUACUACGUCCACGGUAUUGCCAGCUUCGUGUCUGGUAUGGGAUGCAAUGCGCCUAAGAAGCCCACCGUCUUCACCCGUGUCUCCGCCUACAUCGAAUGGAUGGACUCUAUCAUGAUGUAAACGGACGAGUCAUUUGUGGUGCAGCACACAAAGACAGGGAAAGCAUUCGACCAUGUUGUCAUCUACUGUGCUUCCUCAUUUGUCUGGUCUCAUCCUGCAAAAAAUAAACGUAAUGUAACAAUAAGA